GUUCACUCCAUCCCCUUAUAAUAAGAGUAUCAAAGACCACACAUAUUCUUGUCAUCCCAACGAGGAAUAUGGCGACAACGUUGUACUCCAUGUGGGUUUUUGUGCUUGUAGUGCUCGUUUUGGUUUGGUCGCCUGGGCAAGCAAAUGGGGCGGCGGAAAAUUCCAUGGCGAAGCAGCGGGCGGAGAAGAUGAUCAGGCAACUCAAUUUGUUCCCAAAGCAUGAUCUCAACAGGGGUCCCGCCGGCCACUCGCCGGCGGGAGCGGAUUCGCCGAGAUUGGUGGAGAAGAAGUUCAAGUUGAAUCUUCUUGGUGAUUCUGGGGCGACUGUUGAGGAUUUGGGUCAUCAUGCUGGCUACUACAGGCUUCUAGACACAGUAGAUGCAAGGAUGUUUUAUUUCUUCUUUGAAUCAAGAAGCAACAAGAGUGACCCGGUUGUUAUAUGGUUGACUGGAGGCCCAGGGUGCAGCAGUUCAUUGGCUUUGUUUUAUGAGAAUGGUCCUUUUUAUAUUGCUGACAACCAAUCCCUCAUUUGGAAUGAUUAUGGUUGGGACAAGGCUUCUAACCUUAUAUACGUGGAUCAACCCACUGGAACGGGGUUCAGCUAUAGUUCCAGUGAACAAGACCUCCGCACUAAUGAAAAUGGUGUCAGCAAUGAUCUUUAUGCCUUCUUACAGGAGUUCUUCAAGGCUCACCCAGAAUAUGCAAAUAAUGACUUCUUUAUAACUGGAGAAUCCUAUGCUGGGCAUUAUAUUCCUGCAUUGGGCUCACGGGUCAACCAAGGAAACAAGAAGAAAGAAGGAAUUCCCAUAAAUCUUAAGGGAUUAGCGAUAGGCAAUGGACUCACUAAUCCAGAAUUACAGUAUCCAGCAUACCCAGACUUUGCUUUGGACAACAAAUUAAUCUCAAAAUCUGACCGUGAUGACUUGAUGCAACUUGUCCCGGAUUGUCAAGAGGCUGCCAGGCAAUGUAACAGUGUUGGUGGACAUGCUUGCGGCGAGGCUAAUAACCGCUGCCAAGUCAUCUUCAACCAGAUAUUGGGGAUAGCAGGGAACAUAAAUUACUAUGAUAUCCGGAGGAAAUGUGAUGGGGGAUCACUCUGCUAUAACUUCUCAAAUGUAGAGACUUUCCUCAACACACAAUCAGUGAAGGAUGCUCUCGGGGUAGGCGGCAUUGAUUGGGUUUCGUGCAGCUCUGAAGUGUACGACUAUAUGUCAUCGGACUGGUUCAAGAAUCUUGCAGUGGGCAUUCCAUCUAUGCUAGAGGAUGGUAUCAAUCUGCUGGUUUACGCGGGCGAAUAUGAUCUUAUCUGCAACUGGCUUGGGAACUCGAGAUGGGUUCAAGCUAUGCAGUGGUCUGGGCAGGGGGGCUUUGGUGCAGCUCCAAACGUGACAUUUUCAGUGGAUGGACAGGAGAAAGGGAUACAAAAGAGCUAUGGACCUCUCACUUUCCUUAAGGUUCAUGAUGCUGGGCACAUGGUUCCAAUGGAUCAGCCCGAAGCAUCGCUGGAAAUGAUUCGGAGGUGGAUGCAUGGCCAACUUUCAAAGCCAUAGGACUGUCAUCUUUCCUUAAAUUUUUAUGUAUCCAUUAUUUUCCUUAAAAGAAAUUAUAAUUGAUAAAGCUUUGAAUCCGUUUGGAAAAUUUAAUCAAUAUAGUACUGGCUUCUGAUUGUGGUGACUGCAGCACAUACCUUAAAUUGCAGACAAAUCUCACAGCACAUACCGCAUCAGUGCAUGAGUGCAUCACCAUAAUCAAAUGGAUGAAGGACUUAACCUUGCUUUAGUGUUGAUUAUUAUUACCACUAGGCUGAAGAAUUUUAAUCAAAGCUACUUGAGUGCUUGACCA